AUGGCAUACUCUCAGGAUGGAGGAGGCAAGCACCGACACAGGCGUCGAAAGGAAACACGUUCCCCCUCGCUCUCGAACGCCUUUGAUUGGGAGCCAGAGGAAUAUUCCACCCUCCAUUCGCUGCCCUACCGAACCCGGUCCCGCACUGCCGACGUCGAUAUACAGAUGCCCGACAGCACUAGCAGAAGGGCGAGACAGUCUGUCUCCUCCUCGUCCCAUCGAGGCCGUCGGGCAUCUUCAGACUCGCACGAGAUCAUGCCUCCGACAACAACCACCUCGUACCGAGCACGCGCCGUGCCACAGCGGAGGGCUAGAGAGCCAAUGGCGUACGAUGACGAUGAGGAAUCACCGAGUCCUCGCGAACGUCGUUCGAGGCCUCGAGGACGAGAUAGAGCAAGGUCACCCUCACGGUCGAUAUCAGGCUCAGAAAGGAGUAGCAGCAGCAGAGGCGAACGUGUGAUGACACCGUCAACACCGCCAAGAUCAACCCGCGUUAAAAAUGCAACUCCUGACUCGAGACGCUCUCAUAAGAGUCCUUCAAGAGCCAGGUCCCGGAGCUCAGAUUCCGAAUCCACAUUGUCUACACAGGGCAGAGUCAAGGAGAAACUACGUCAUGAAUCUGAUGAAAUUGAAGUGAUACUAGACACCAAGACUACUCCUCGUCGGCGGCAUCGCAAGACACAUGCCGAAAGGGAGCCACCAAUAUACGAAGAAGAGCUUUCGCCAAUAGCCCGAAAUGCCAUACCUAUCGUCGUUGAGAGUAAAGGAGCGCCCAGGCAUCAGCAUCGCCACCAACGACAAUCCGACUCCAGGAGUGGUUCUCGUAGGCGUCAUCGCCAUCAUCACGACCACCACGAUGAGGUCGUGAAACUACCCAGCUCUAAGCGGAGCCACAAGAAGUAUCAUGACUCCGUCAAUGUCUACGUGGAGCGGCCCAAGCUCGCCAGAUCAUCCAGUUCGCAGAUGACGAAUACGCCGAGUGUGGCUUCGUCUAGGCGAUCUUCGACUGCACUCACCAAAUUCAUGUAUGGGAAAUCGCCUCAACAGUCCAAACCAACUAGAACUGUCGAAUGCGUUGCGUGCAUGGAUGAGGAUACACCACGGUCAAAGGCAGCCAAGCUGAAGUGCAAGCAUUAUAUGUGCCACUCCUGCAUGAAACGAGUCUUCAAGGUAUCUAUCAAGGACCCUCAGCAUAUGCCGCCCAAGUGCUGCACGGAAGACCCGAUACCAAUCAAACAUGUUGAUGCACUCUUUGAGAAUAGCUUCAAGAAGACUUGGAACAAGAAGUUUGCUGAGUAUUCUACACGGAAUCGCAUCUACUGCCCGUCUAGUAAAUGCGGCGCCUGGAUCAAGCCCGAACGGAUACAUAAACUGAGGGAUGGUCGCAAACGCGCUACUUGUGGCUCAUGCAAAACAGAGGUAUGCUGUGCCUGCAAUGGCAGAUGGCACAAGGGAAAGGAUUGCCCCAGGGAUGAGGCAACGAAUGAAAUCCUCAAGCAGGCAAAAGAGAAUGGCUGGAAGAGGUGCUACAGCUGCCUGGAGAUGAUUGAACUCAAAGAAGGCUGCAACCACAUGACAUGUCGCUGUGGUGCCGAGUUUUGCAUGAUAUGCGGGCUCCAGUGGAAGACGUGUGAAUGCCCCUGGUUUAAUUACGAAACCGCUGAACAGGAUCACCUUGACUACAUGGACAUGCCCAUGACAUCCAGCUCGGAGCGCGAUGGGUCAAUGACUCGAGGAAGUCGUCAACGCGGCAGCCGGCAUCGCGUUCCGCAGACGUAUGAGACUGAAAUGUCUCUUCGUCGCAGACAGGAGCAACAAGAUGAAGAUUUUGCGAGACGUUUACAAUACGACGAUAACGGUAAUGAUGAUCACGAUGACGAUGACGAUGACGAUGAGGAGGAUGACUAUAUCCACAACAAAUACGGUGAGAUCGUUGGCCUUGGGAAUUCGGCUGGCCAUUUCAUGAAUGAUGACUAUAGAAGAGCGCCGCGGAUAGUACCACCUGCUCCUUCCCCUCCAAUGCAAGCCGUCGACAGGACCGGCAAUGGCGACUACGUAACUGGCGUGAAGAAAGCACGAGGAUUGCGUGCCAGCUCCAUGGAAAGGCGUCUGGCCGACAGGUUCUCCGAGCCACGACACGGGUCUAGUCCAACACAUAUGUCGUACACAAUGCCAAUGCCGCCUCAUCCGCCUCAUCCGCCUCCGCCGCCUUCUCAUGGUAUGCCAAUGGGUGGCAUGAGUCCUAUGGGCAUGACCAGCAUGGGUAACAUGCAUUACCCGCCUCCGGGCGUCCCCAGGAUGAGGCGAGCACACACCAUGGACGACGAGAUGUCACACUCGAGGCUCUCGGAGCGGAUUAUGCUAGGGCAUGGCCCAGCUGAAUUUGAAGACGAUAUAAGUUACCAGAGCCCUCCUAGCCGGAGACGGCCUAGGGAAACCAGGGAACCCAGAGAAAGAGAGCGGCUAUCACACAGGAGCUCAAUGCUCGCUGGAUUGACAGGCCCGGGCAGUGGCAUGAAUCGCGUCGAUGAAUGGAGGUACUAUGUAACCCCUGAUGAGCCCGAGAGACAGAGUGUCACGGCUCGCUGA